AUGGCCGGAUUCUUCGGCUACUUUGGCCAAGCCAACUACUCAUCGGCAAGUGCUUUCCUCGAUGCCUUUGUGCAAUACCGCCAGUUACUUGGCCAGGUGGCUUCAGUCAUCGACAUCGGCCCCAUCGAGGACGACUUUAUUGAUAUUGUCCAGCCGGCCGUGGCCCCGGAAUCCGACCACGACCCGGAGAACUCGUCCCUGUGGAAGCGGGAUCCACGCAUGGCCAUCUACCGCAACAUUGACAAGCCGUCGGCUCCUGGAGGCGACAACGAUCCCUUGGAUCCUAGCCAGGCAUUUAUUAGCUCGCUGCGAGUUGAUUCGGAAAGGCUCAAUGACGGAGCAUCGUCCGAGCUGCUGGCUCGCGCAAUUGCAUUACGCCUCUCUAAUUUCCUGAUGAAGGACAAGCUUCCCGAUAUUUCGCAGACUUUAAUGGUCAUGGGAGUCGACUCAGUUGUUGCCAUCGAGCUUAGAAGUUGGUGGAAGCAAGCUCUUAGCGUCGAAGUGUCAGUAUUGGGGCUGAUGCAUGGCGACAGCAUUCAGGCCCUCGGAGAACUAGCCACUGAUCUCCUGAAGAAGAAGUACAAGCUUAUCAAAUAG